AGGGGGAUAUCCUCGCACGCAAUUAUCUAUUAGCAAUCGAAAAUCUCCCUGUGCCUGGAGACGCCGCGAAGAAGGACCUGGGGAUAUCACCGUAGAAAGAACUUCAACGUAGGGGUCGAAGCCGUUUCCGCAUGGCUAGUUGGCUACUACUAGUAAUUUCAAGCGCAAUGCUUGCCUCGCCGUACGCCAAAGCCCAAGAUGCUCCGGGACAGAACACUUCAACCCCCAUUACUCAGCCGACGAUAGUGCCAGAGAAAUGCCAGCCCGUUACGGACGUUCGGAUAUCCAGACGGAAGCCAACCAAGAAUUAGAACAGUUUCGCCAGCUCAUUGAAGUCAAUUGCUCAGGGGCCAUUGUACUUUUCCUCUGUUCCAUUUACGCUCCUUUUUGCACUGAUGAACAUCCCGUCCGAGUUCCCCGUCCGUGUAAGCGUCUCUGUCUGCAUGUACGUGACAGAUGUGAGCCAGUAUUCAAUCAGCGGGCAAGUGGUCUUCCCUGGCCAGACCACCUCAACUGUGACCAGUGUUUUGGGCCGCCGCAGGAACAACUAAAUGAGGUCACAAUUCCCCCAAACCUGGUGUCCCCUGGUGACACCCCCAGUCCCACAACGGCGAUAUUGCUGGAAGUAGACUACCCGCAGACUGGCAACUACAGCUAUGUUACCUUGACCUGCAAGAGGAGUUCUCUGGACGGCCUUAAUUUCAACCAAAGACCAGCCACGUUCUGGCGAGGAACAUCACGAAUCACCACUGGAUCUCAACUGGUGGCGGAGACAGAGGUUAGCAUCUCGUUCGUCUUCAACCAAGACCAAGAGGGAAGUUUCAGCUGCAGGACCGCUCUCGACGAAGUCUCUAAUGUGGAAAAACUUGCAGCCUCACCACCAGCCACCUACAAUACACCAAUGAUGCCCCACUACAUCCUAUUCCCGUCACUCGAGAGCAUGCGGAAAGUCAACCUUUCCUGUGCCAUUCAACCUGAAGCUCUAAAAGAGAACUAUCGAGUAUCGUGGCGUAGAGUAAAACCUACUCCUACUUCUUACAGUGACGAUACAUUCAAUAUAACAGUGACUGAAACGACAGAGAUGUCAUCAAUUCCUUCUGAGUACCGGUGUAUUGUUAGCAUCGAUCAUAGCAGCACCAUACAAGAUGAGGACUACAACCCACCUAUAGUUGUUGUUCAUAAGAGAGUAUUGUCCACCCUGAGUGGUGAGAUUGGAGAUGUAUCAGUAGCUACUGGAGAACCGGCUACCUUUGUCUGCAACGCUCUAAAACAAGACACAUCCUUUUCAAUCAGUUGGAAGGUUGACAGUGAGACGUUCACUUGUGGUGCAAGCUCGGAAAACAUUCCAUGCUACAUGAAUAAUGAAACUUCCAGUGUGCUCCAAAUAGAAAACACCACAGCUUUGGGUGUUAGGAGCCACGUCGUUGAGUGUAUUCUGCAGAACGUCGUUCCGGAAGAGUUUCGGGGAGAUUGUGUCUUGCUCCCUCGGGGCUCUUGUGAUGUCACCAAAAGUGCCACUCUGGAGAUUAGCAACGGUCCUACUCCUCCAACUGUUACUAGCAGUGAGUCACAUCGAAACAACACACACACACUGCGCUACAACUUCGCUGUGCUUGUGGUACAGGCAACGCGGUAG